ACCGACUGUCAAUCUGAAGGAGUCACAAAGGUGUUGUUGAGACGCCUUUGACAGGUAUAAUGAUGUCGCCAACGAGAGGGCCGCGGCGACGGACACCCGUGGAGACGCUUGCGUGUUCCCUGUGUAGCUUUUAGGUUUACCCGUGAAAUGCGUCUUCUUUUUAAAAGUAAGGUUUCCUUCGACAGCUGCACUGGACGGGACGGGACUCGAGGCUGUGGAUGUAGCCUAGCAUCCUGCUAGCCAACCGCCGACGAAGCUGUUGUCAUCCUGCUUGCUGUGUGAUGGUCGUGUGGCAAGUGAGCAGUGUCUGUCCCGCUGUCCUUCAUCUUGGGCGGCGUUCCCAAUUUCACGCUCUCUCUGAAGUCUGUCUCCCAACCUGCCAACAUGACCGAUAGGAAGGAGCCACCCUUCUUUAAUGACGACAGUUUUGGAGCUUUUCAUUACAAGCUCCCAUUCUAUGACACUAUGGAGCUCUUCAUAGAGACCUUGACGGGGACCUGCUUUGAGCUGCGUGUACUACCAUUUGAGGCUGUUAUUUCAGUCAAAGCCAAGAUUCAGAGGUUGGAAGGUAUCCCUGUUACCCAGCAACACCUUAUCUGGAACAAUCUGGAGCUGGACGAUGACCAUUGUCUUCAUGACUACGGCAUUGCAGAGGGCUGCACUCUGAAACUGGUGUUGGCUAUGAGGGGAGGUCCAAUUAACACUAGAAGAGUAACUAUGGAGGAUCCUAUGAAAGAAGUCACUGAUUUGAUGGAGAGUGCUAAGGAAGACAGCUGGGAGAAAGGCCCAGCCAACAAGCAGGUUACAUUUGUGGUCUAUCGUGAGGGGGACCAGCUAAAUUUCUUCAGAGUGGUGGACAAAGGAGAUGGUACCCUGACUCCCCUCUCAGAAUCUCUAAGUGGUGGCUCAGUGUACAAUGUGCUUACGGAGGAGGGGGAUGGAGAGAGUACUGCAGCUGCACAGCAGAGGCUUGAAAAUUCCAUCACAAUGAACAAAAUGAAGCUGCUCAAAGCAAAAAUGGAGGACAUGAAUCUCAACAAGAAGCCGAAGAAGUCUGCAAAAAUAAAGCCACGGCCCCCUGUCGGUCCUCAUCCCUGCAAUAGUUCACUAGGACCUUCCAGCAUGCGAUACCCACACCGCCUGUUUCGUACACUGCCCCAGAUCAACCAGGUUGGGUCAUCAAGUACGCAACUACCUCCAAUUCUUGACCACGAAUCCGUUCACCCCUUUGUGCCAUCUGCUGCAACCACCUCUGCCCAUAUGUCCAUGCCUAGACGACCGCCUCCCUCUUUCUCCCCUUCUUGUUAUAUGCUUCAGGAGGAGGAGGCAGCAUGGGAGACAUGCUCACCAUUUGCAAAAAUACGACCCCCUCCCAAAGUUUCUCGUUUGGACAUUGGCAGCACUCGGUUGAUGAGGGACUGUGUGUACCCCCAGCUUCCUCCGCUGUACAUCAGGGGACCACCUGAAGCCACCUUUGACCCAGUUGAUCCAGCAGGGGAACCGGUUGGGCUCGGUUUGUUAGAGGAAGCUGCUGGAUUGGUGGCGCCAACACAAACUGGGUCUCCAUUUGGGGAACUGUCAGACCCCCUGAGUUUGGAAGUACCCACCCAGACAGAGGGAGGUUGUCAGUCCCUCGAGGUUGGGGCUCAGCACCAGCUGCCACUUUCCUCUUCCCCACUUAGCACUUGGACACUUGGGACAAGUAAUACACUGAGCAGCAGAGCUGAUAGGACACAGCUUGGCGCAUCAUUUCAUAUGAGCUCUCCCCCUACAUUACCUGCCGCUACCUCCCCAUCCACUUCUGCCAGGUCACUGCUCCAGCCUUUUGAUGCCACACUCUCUUGUUUAAAGUCCAAUUUUCAAGCUCAAUCUUCAACACAAGUGAAGCCGGGCAACACAUUUCCACAUCCCUCUACUUCGUCAACUCCACCUCUUAUUCUUGGUGUUAAGGUUGAGUCCCCGGACAAGAGGCCAGAGCUUGUCUCCAAGAGAGAAGCAGGAGGCAUCACGAAGACGGCUAAUCAAGCCUGUAAGGAGCCACUGGGCUCUCUGAAAAACUCUGAGCUCUUGGCUUCUCUCUCUACAAGGGCACCAGAAACCGACAGCAGUGACAGCUUCAUAAAGAGUCUAGGGCUUGCCUCAGGACAGGGCAGCCUUGUCUCCAGGCUGCCAUCCAUCCCAGCCAACACACUCCUUCAGGAUGAUAUCCGACACAGACAAACGUCACCGUUGCACCGAACAGCAGGCUCCUACAUGGGCACCAAAACUCUUGCAUCACCAGGAGGGAUGAUGGCUUCCUUUGGAAGAAUAGGCACUCCAACAUAUCACCUACCUCCAGUCAAAGCUCCCACAGGCAGCAAAAAGAAGAGCUCGAAGCACUGCUUCUUCUGUGGAAAGAAGACUGGCCUGGCCACCAGCUACGAGUGCAGGUGUGGUCACAAUUUCUGUGCCACUCACCGCUAUGCAGAGACGCAUGACUGCACUUAUGACUACAAGAGUGCUGGACGGCGAUUUCUGCAAGAGACCAACCCUCUGAUCAGUGCCCCCAAGCUGCCUAAGAUCUGAACUCUACAGCUCUGCACUCUCACAAAGGAUGACCUAAAAAAUGAUGCAAAUAAAACUGACUGGCAGGAGAAAAAGGAACUUAUUCACCACUGUGUGCUUUUUAUAAUCAGCCAAGUGUUUAAAAUUUAAAUCUCCAGCUAAGUCUAAUGUGAGCAAACAGGUAGACUGAGCUGGCACAGAAGAACUAAUUAUCACAAGUUAAUGUGAAGCUGUUUUUCCUUUUUAAAUGAUCAUGUUCAACUUUCAUACAAACAAAAGCUCUGUGCAUGUGUGUAGGUAGUUUUUGGUAAAUUUAUCUGCUGCACGAUCAGUCAUGUCUAUUUUUAAUUCUUUCAUUUGACAAGUCUUUGACAGAUGCACUUUAAACUCUCAUAUUUAUAUGUUUGACUUUGCUUUUUGCGUGGGGAAAGAAACCUAAAUUUGUUUGUCUUACGAGGAGUUUGUUUGUUGUUGUAUCUUCAACAUUUUUUUAUAUUUCACAUUUUUACUUGUAUUUCCUACACAAGCACAUACCUACCGACAUUACUAAUCUUUCUUUUCCUAUAUGACAAUAUACCCGCCUACUGAUGGAAUACUUAAUAUUUAUUAAUGAAUAGUACUUAUUUAAAUUCAAAGUUGGCUUUGAAAUAGCAAAUAUGCAGUGUGUGUUGGUGUGAAUGUCAGCUGUAAUUGUUUAUCUGCAUAUAGAUUAAAUUGUAUCUGGACGGGUGGGGGUCGGGCGGGGGUACGGUAUUUAUGACGUGUCUAAAGUGCGGUGGUUGCCAUAAAAAAAAGUCUUUCUUUUUUUUAAGUGUUUUUUUUAUUGCUCAGCUGUUGCAACAUCUUUAAAUGCUGAUAUAGUCUCUAAAUGCAUUUGGUCUAAUAAAGUUUUUUUCCCUCUGUA